AUGGCUCGUUAUUUCUUAUUUUUUGUUACGAUUACUUUUAUUUUAAUCGUUUCAAAUGAUUGCUUAUCACCAAUUAUUUUCAUUCCAGGAAGUUUUUGCAGCUUGCUUGAAGUACGUAUAAAUACAACGUUACAACCAAGUUGUCCUCAAUCAUUAGAUAAUAAAUGGAUACUUCUUUGGUUAAAUCUUCGUUUAUUCGAGCCAAGUUAUUUAUCUUGUUAUCAUAAUAUAUUCAGAUUUAAUUAUAAUUCUUCAUCAAAUUCAUUUGAAAAUCCACUUGGUGUUGAAACACGUAUUAUUGUAAAUUCAAUAAAUGGAUCAUUUCUCGAUGGUCUUCUUUGGGAAUAUAUUCAACUGGAUAAAUUUCUUUUUCAUUUUGUUACAAAACAUAAAUAUAUCGAUGGUCAAAAUAUGCAUUCAGUUCCAUAUGAUUUUCGACGUGGAACAAAUAAAACAUUAUUUGUAUUUAAUAAUGAUUUAAAAGAAUUAAUUGAAUCAACAUAUAUUCGAAAUAUGAAUAAAAGUGUUUAUUUAAUUAGUCAUAGUACAGGUGGUUCAAUGGUUUUAUAUUUUCUUUCUCAACAAUUACAAACAUGGAAAAAUCAAUAUAUUAAUAGUUGGAUAUCUUUAAGUGGAAAUAUUGCAGGUGAAGUUGAUAAUAUUGAAAAUUUAGUUCAAGGUUUUCUUUCACCCAUUGUAUCACGUGAGGUUAUUCAAUCAUGGGAUUUUUUUGCUUGGCGUCUACCUGAACCAAUGAUAUAUGGAUCAGAACGAAUUAUUGUAAAAACACCUUCACGAAAUUAUACAUCAUAUGAUAUGUUAGAUUUUUUACAUGAUAUAAAUGCUAAAGAACUUUCUCUUAUUUAUUCUCAAGUAUCAUCAAUUUUAGCAUCAUUACCAGAACCAAAUGUUAAUACAUAUUGUUUUUAUGGAGUAAAUAUUUCAACACCAAUAGGUUAUAUAUCAAAAUCAGAUCGAUUUGAAGAUAAUAAAUUAGAAACUAUUCGUGGAUGGGGUGAUGGAGAACAAGAUGAUACAACAAAUAUGUCAUGUCAAUUAUGGAAUAAAACAAUGGAUAAAAAAUAUAAAUUCAUUUCAAAAGGAUUUCAUCGAAUCAGUCAUACAGAACUUGUUGGAAAUGAUAAAGUUUUAGAAGAAAUUGAUCAAAUUAUUUUUUCAUAG